ACUUGAAUGAAAGUUUUAGCGAUUUUUUCGAUACCGAAAUGAAAUAGUCGAAAUAGCCCAAGGUGAGCCAUGAGGAAUGAGGCUGCACUACAAAACACGAAUUUGGUAUGUGCAAUGCAAGGUAUGUUUUCAGUUUAUUUUUAACUCCAACCAGGCUAAGACGGCCAAGGUUAAGGGUAGUGACUGAAAGAUUUAUACCAAGGCAGGAUUCCUACUUGUCGUAAAGCAUUGCUGAGUAGAAGUAAGCAAAGUUGUAUGCAUACAAUACAAGCCAGGAAUAAAGUGACUUCCUUCAUAAUCAUUAGUUUCAACUGAUUUUUUCGCGGCAUAUAUUUCUUGUUGAGUUGUUUGAAGGGCAAUCCUACCACGCAACCCGUUGCGCGCGCUAAAUAUAACAUGGUGAUGUUCUAUUUUAAAAGAACCCUCUCAUAGGUGGAAUCCGAGCCAAGAGUAUAAAAGACGCGCGAGGAAUCGCUGCAGUGCAUCAACGAAAUAAAAUACAACUUUGCAUAGCAGACGUGUACCGCGUCUACUCUCAGAGAGCGCCAUUGAAAAUUGUUAGGUUUGAUAUGAGUCUUUGGAUGAGUAGAAGCUCUUAUUGUGUUUCUCAGCGGGACAUUGCUUCUUAUUGAAAUUGAAAUCUAUUCAAAUUUUAUAUUUACGGUUCAGUAAAGCUCCGUCUUCAACACAGUACUUGAUAUGAUCUUGACAACACUGACUAAAUUGUGGUAAAGUGACGUUAGUGGCAAAGAAAGACGCAUUCUUUCUGGUUGAGUAGGUUAGUUUGUACACAAACAUAACUGCGCUGGGUGGAAAUCUGAACGCCAAGGAUGUUUGUCAGCGGAAUAUAAAGCAAUUUUAAAAAAUAAUAAAAUAAAUUAAAAUGAUUCAUAAACUAUCCUGGGUUGGAGUUUCCUACUAAAAUAUCGCUCGAGAUGAAGGGGGCCGGUUUAAUAAUAAUAAAAAAGAAAGCAAGUGAAAGAAAUUUAUAAAUGUUUGCGAUAUUUUGAACUGGAAAGUGAUGAAUAUAGAAGAGUACCUGCUGUAUCUGGAGCAAUAACUGACUUUGUUUUUUGCUAUUCUUACAAAAGUGCAAUGGAAAAAUGGCUCCAUAGUCACAGGAGGUCUUCCGUGUUCUCUUACAGUUUAGAUAACGGAAAGAUAAUCACGACUGCCCAGAUAAUUCAAACAAAAAACGGUUACAAAAUAUCGCAAGCGUGGAUUUCAUUUCGAUAUGAAAAAAAAAGAAGACUUAAUCGUUAAACCACAGAACUUAACUAUGUUAGAACUGACAUAACAGCUCAACUUGCCCGAGGCUAGAAUUGAAAUGUGUGGGAACGUUAUGUCACUCCAUCUGGAAGAAAAAAGAGACGAUUCAACUGACUCCAUUGUUCGUCCUCCGCUGAUUAAGUUAAUACGAUUUAAUUUUAAUUACUGAUGAAGCGUGUGUCGCAUUGUAUGCUCGGAAACCCCAGAGUGACAUUUUCAAAUUCACCAGACACUUCCUAGAUAAGUAGAAAGCCUCGCUUCUAAUUGAAACCCUGGGAGAUUUCCACCUAGCUGGUCAGAGUGAACGACAGUACCGCUCUGCAGACGGUUUUCACGGUAUGUCGGUUAAGUAAUCUCGACGCUGAUUCGAUUAAACCAUAAUUUGACCACAGACAUAACAUUCCGCCCAGACCUAUAAGUUACCCUCAAAACAGUCCAUUUCAAAAUUCAUCAAUUUCAAGCGAGUCCUGUGGCAGCAGUUGGAACGUUCCGCAAAAAAUCCGACGACAUGAUGGACGAGUGGCGCCGUAGGAUGCCAACUCCACACUUGGCGACGUCUAUUCCGCAUUACCACGCUCUUGAUUUUGGAAGAACGAUGCCUCUGCGGCAUCCACCAACGAUAGUGCACGCCAGACCUAACAUCACCUCCUCGCCUCAAACCUUCCUGCCUUUCUCACAUACGCUAGGUCAUCGACUGCCAAUCCCUGUGGCAAGCAGAGAGCUGUCGAUCUCUUCAUCCUCUUCCUCACUUUCCUCUACACAAAUACAGGCUUCUACUAAUGAAAGCGAUGCAAGAGCUCAAAACGUGGAGAAGAAGCGAUGGCAAACGGCGAAUUAUCGCUGGAUGUUCACUAAAAGAAAAGCAGGAGCUGCUAAGGUCACAGAAAAGGAGGAAACAAAUCCCGAGAUAAAAAGCCAAACUGCAAUGAGUCAGAAGAAGAGAUUUACCUUCACUCAACGACAACUCGUCGAACUGGAGAAGGAGUUCCACUUUAGCAAAUACUUGACACGGACACGACGCAUUGAAAUAGCAUCUAAUUUGGCGCUUACUGAAACACAGAUUAAAAUAUGGUUUCAAAAUCGACGAAUGAAAUGGAAAAGAGAACUAAAAGAAUCAAUUCGAAAACAAGGGGUGAAUGAAUCGUCUACAGUGCCCUUCAACCAUGGGUUUCAUAAUGGCUACCAGCGAUCUCUUCGAGAAAGCGCCCCAUCUUAUCAGAGGCAAAAUCCAGAACUUUAUGUUCAACAUACCGCACCUCAAUAUUUUCCCAAUUAUCUAUCGCUUUAAUGUACAAACAGCGCAAGAAAACCUAAUUUAUAUAGCACGAAAGACAUAUUAAUUUAACAAAAGUAUACUCUAAAGCAAGAAUAUGGACAAAAAUAUUUCUAUCUCCGCAGAAGAGGUAUUUAACUGAAGCAGACUAUUGUAGCAAGCUACAACCAACUCAAGGGCUCUCCAAGUGACAAAAGCUAGAGCCUAAAAAAAACUGUCUGAUUAAUUGGAUUUCAUUUCAGGAUGAAGUGAACAUCUGAUAACAUCUUAUCUAAAUAACAUAUACACACAAAGAAGGAAACAAAACCGAAAGCCAAAGAGAGGAAAUAGUGAUUAACCGAACGCCUCACACAAAAAGUGCGUCCGUAACAAUGUUCAAAGGAGAUUGAUACCUUUGUUUGAGUUGAGGCCCUGGCUUUCCGCUCGCUCCAAAGAAAGCAUUUUCGUGUCCUUAUGGCGAAGCAAGAGGCCACACACGGCUCCAGAAUUCAACCAAAUGGAACGCGGCGGUAAAUUUUAACACGCCUAUAAAAAAAAUUGGGGCAGGCGAGGCAGUGUGCAAUGCAAAGUUGUUUAUUAGAAUAUUCCAUCAUUCCUUUUCAUUUUGGCUGUCAGUCUGUCGUUGCUUGCAGUUAAUCUGGCUGUUUCGUCGAUGUGGUCUUUGAUCUGAGGGAAGCGCUCCGAUUAGUCAAUGUCGCUAGGUAUUAUGUGAGGAACAAAAGAGAGGCAACCCCGUGGACAGGAGGCAUGCGCCCGUCAUUUAAGAUCGACUGAGUCAAACAAUAUUACAAGGAAACUUCACCGCGCAGGUGUCCAAAUACUGCACGGAACACGGGAAGAGCAUCUAAGAACAAACGUUCUUUGUGAAGAUCACGCCUCUUGUUUACAUUCCUGUUGCUAUUUUCACGACAUUUCUCGACAAUCCAAUAAUUUUGUUUUUAAUAUGCCUACCAGAAAAAAAAAAACUUAUAUUGUAAGGAUGCGCCAAUAAAUAUCAAGUCUAAUAUUAGCUGUGUGUAAAUCGUAAAUCAAAAGAAAUAAAAUGAGAUCCAGCUUAAAUAGUCUUUUGUGACUCUUUGUUAUUCGCCGAACUUUUCUGUCACAAACGAUGACGUCACUUGCUGACGGUGGAAUGAAAAUAAAUAUUUUCAUACACUAAUAACUUUUAGCCAAAAUGUUUCGUCUUGCAACUUUCUCUACGAUUAAAACUUCAAAAUUAAGAAAAGCAAAUAAAGGAAAACAGAUCCCUAAAAAGUUGACUCGAGUACAAUGCAUGUGUAAGUCAACGAUUCAAAACUCUUCUCAUUUUCGUUGGGCGCGACAUUUUGAGAGCAAAGUAUAACCAAAAGGUGUGAAUAGAAGCUUCUUGACCUGCGGUGUAAGUUAAAAGAAUUGAUUGAUCUGACAAUUCAAUUAAAAUAAAUCCAGUUAGAUUUUAUCGCGUACUUCAAAUAAGUGAGUGACGCUAAGCGUGUGCAAGUUGUUAAUAAAAACGUUUUGGCGGUGUAGAG